AUGAAUAAUAAAAUAAAUUUAUUAAAUUGGAAAAUUCAUUUUAUGCUUAAUAUACUACUUAUACUACUUAUUAUUCAAUGUUCAGCAUUACUACUAUCUAAGAAAUUGAAUGAAAAAUCAAGAAAAUUUAUAAAUAAAACAGAUGGUAGUAAUAUGGAAAUUGUUUGUAUAUUGGAUCAUGAUAUUUAUUGUAUAGAACAUUAUGUUGGAUUUUUAUUUAGUGAUGGUUGCCGAAGGUGCAUUUGUAAACAAGAUGGAGCUUAUUGUACUAGUAAAACAUGUAUUGAUUAUCAAGCAACUGAAACAAAUCCUGAAGAUUAUUGUAGAAAAUUAGUUGAAAAGAAUGAAAAUGGUACUAGUACCAUAUCUGAUAGUGAUAGAAAUGUAACCUAUAAUCAUUAUAAUCUAACUUAUAUCCAUAAACCAAGAAAUGAAACAGAUGAUGAAGUUAAUGAUGAUGAAGACAAUUCAAAUAGAAUAAUGAAUAAUAUAACAAAAGAAACGGAUGAAAAUGUAACAAGUUCCCCAUUAUACACUGAAGAAAAUCCUUUGACUGAUGAUGAUUCUGAAAAGAUGAAUUUCAGUGAGACCGCCAAUAACACAUAUAAACUGGAAAGAGAAAUCGAAGAACAACCGCCUUCAUUUGAUAUACAUCGUCAGAACAAUACAGUGAAUGGAUCAGUUAAUGUACCGAUUAAGAAUAUCGAAAACAAUUCAGUUUUCUCAUUGUUUACUAACGAUAAUGUUUCCUUAAGGGAAAAUAAUCAAUCUUUGAAACUCAAUGAGCCAAGAUCUCAUAAAGUAAAAAACAUAAGUGAUAAACUACCGAUCACUUAUAUUCUGAAAGAUCAAGGUAAAGAUGAACAUCAUAGAAAUUCCAGUUUCUUGAAUAAUGAACAGGAUUCAGAAUAUAAUGAUGAAGUAGAACGAGAAGGAAGUAAAAGAUCCUUAUCAAGAAAUAAUAAUGAGAGAAAUCUUAUUACACGAGAUAAGUAUAAUGAUAAUACUGAAGAGAAUAAAUUACUCUUAGUUGACGACACUAUGCAAAAUGAUGAAAGUUCUAAUCAAACUGAUGAAGAAAAAAUUAUAAAAAAUAUUAGUCCAGUAAUGAAUCUUUUAAGUGAUACAUUAGAUUCAAAUAAUCUUGAUUCAUCAUUCGCAACUCCUGCUGAAAACAUUGUUAAUAAAGAAUUAAUAGGUAUAGUAAUGGAUAAUAAAAAUGGAACAAAUAAUACUUCAAAUCAUGUUGAAAGUCAGGGCAUUGAAGAUGGACGAAAACAUCAAGAUGUCAGUUCGGUAGAUGAAAAUUUAACUCUAAAUAAGGAAAAGGAAAAUCCACCUAGCAACCAACCUGUCAAUACGACUGAUAGUAGAUUAGCACAUCAAAACGUCUCAAAAUCCAAUAAAAGGAAACAGAGUCACCAACGUAAUGCAACAACACAAGAUGAUUCAAAUAAUUGGGUUUCUAGAGAGAUUACAGUGAAUAGUAGAACAGUAAAACUACCAAAUGAAAAAGCAAUGAAAAAUAUGCAUCAAUUAUUUCCUAAUGGAGAAUUACCUUAUCUUGAACUUGAAGAAAAAGAUACACAAAGUUAUGAUGAUACAGUACAUGGUAAACACAUUCCACAUAAAAGUCCUUUACAAUCUGUAUCAUUUACUAGUCAUCGUCAUGAUGAUCAACUGAUGGAAAAACUUGACCUUUUACUUAAAAACACCAAUGAUAUAAAAUAUUACUUGGAAAUGUUAAAACCAUGUUGGCAACAAACACAACAAAGACAUCAUAUGAUGAAAAUGCAUUUUAAUUCAAAAUUACCUAAAAACAAAUUACUUACUUUUUAA